UCCACGAAGAUUAUACAUAACGUCAGCAGCGAGAUGUGCCAUCCGGGGUUCGGAAUUGGGAACGGUCGAUCCUUCACUCCGACGUGUACUGUAGUCCAACAUUGCUAACGGUUAUCAUUUGCCGCCUAUCUCCAGCUGUUCUGCGUAAGCAUCAGAAACCAAGAUCGAUUGACGUUUUCAGCACCAGGCUCUCGAUCACGCCAUCCAUAGAGUCCUAUGUCUGGAGUACAUACCACCCGACAGUAGAGGCAUUACACAUCUUGCUUGCGUGGCCCUCCCGUCCCCCCGCCGGGAAACGUUCUGUUAGCGUCAAGUCCAGAUCAUCUGAAAUGUGUCUCGGAGCAUCAGGCGGAGCACGAGCUCGGACAAAGCUUAGCAUGAACUGAUAUGCCAAUGGAACCGUUGGGAUAGGUAUGGUUAGGUACAUGUACGUAGUUAUUGGAUGACCACACAUGCCAACGCUGACGAGCGCUUUCCAGUUCGACAGGGCAGCAGCGCAGGCACAGUGUCGAUUCGUCGCAGGCUUCAAAUCAGCCAGCGACCGGGAGACGGACUUACGGACAAUCUGGAACCUAGUGUAAGCCAGAUCAGCAGGCACGAGCUUCCGCCGUCCCGGUACCCAGCCCAACGGAUUUCCAUCGUCGGCUUAGCCGCUAUCCGGCGACGGGACUGGCACGACCGGGUAGGCUGCUGGAUGCUGCUUGGCCCGUCGAUUCUCGGCGAGACAAUAACGUCAGUACUAGUAGGUCUCCGUGUGCGAAUGCGGUGCAACGGGCCCAUGUCCAGUUCCUCCUCUCUUGGCUGCAUGGCCAACUCCCGUUUCCGUCGGCAUGAAGCCCGGAACGGACUACAGCAGCGUGCAUGCCGGCCGCUGACUGGACGGCACGACAACUCGGCGACCAGGGGAGGUUUCGCACUCAAUAACUGGCAUAAACCACACUGCAAAACUAAGGUACCUAAGUAGUAGCUCCGUACAACCAUGCGAUAUUGCGCACCAGAACACUCUCGCUCCGACCGAGGAUUCGCUCGCACAUGGUGACCGCUGCGGUUGUGUAAGCGCUGGGUGGCGGAUGAUAGGUCCCUCUGAAAAUCGUCGUCGUCAGCAAUUUUUAUGCUCGCCGAGGAAUACGAGCGUGCUCCGGGGGUAGGCCACGGAGCGGCGGAGCAG